GGCGCUCGGUCCUCCCUCCGCCCGCCCGCGCCGGGGGCUGGCCCUGCCUCGCCGGCGCCUUUUUCCCCCGCACCGCGGCGCCGCUUCGCCACUCGGGCACCGCAGGUAGGCAGGAGGCUGGAGCGCCUGCUGCCCGCCGCCCGUAAAAUGGUCACCUCGGCUGGACAACUCGCCCUCUUCGCGCUGGGUAUCUUGUUGGCUGUGUGCCAGGCCCUGGAGAACACCACCUCGGCCCUGAGCGACCCUCCCGUGGCUGCAGCUGUGUUGUCCCAUUUUAAUGAAUGCCCGGAUUCCCACAGUCAGUUUUGCUUCCAUGGAACCUGCAGGUUUUUGGUGCAGGAGGAGAAGCCAGCAUGUGUCUGCCACUCUGGCUAUGUCGGUGCCCGCUGUGAGCACGCUGACCUCCUGGCCGUGGUGGCCGCCAGCCAGAAGAAGCAGGCCAUCACCGCCUUGGUGGUGGUCUCCAUCGUGGCCUUGGCUGUCCUCAUCAUCGCAUGUGUGCUAAUACACUGCUGCCAGGUCCGGAAACACUGUGACUGGUGUCGAGCCCUCAUCUGCAGGCAGGAGAAGCCCAGUGCCCUCCUGAAGGGAAGGACUGCUUGCUGCCACUCAGAAACAGUGGUCUGAAGAGCAUGGAGAAGGAGCUCGGUCAGGCAGAUGCACAGCCUGAUGAAGACAGGACUUUGGGCUGGCCCCGGAUCCCCGGGCCGGGCCAGCGGGCUUUUCCUCCUCUGCCUGCCACCAGCUGCCCAGCCUUUUCAUCUGUUGUGGGCCUUCCUUCAAAACUGUCAUGGACUCUGUCUGCUUGGGGUUAUUUGGUGUGACCUAAGAAGAAAUCAGUGGGCCACAAUGUAAAGACUGGUCCCAAAAGAAGUGCAGAGGGUGGACUUCCUGUUUACUUAGCUAAGGUGUGCACAGCAAUUGGCAUCUGUGUGCAGAUGUGUGUAGUUGUCUCCUGCCUGUCACAGAUGCCAAGCUGUGUUUCUCUCCAGUGGCCCCAUCUCCCCACUACAGUAUCCAUCCUGCCCAGCCAGAAACUCCUAUAGUUGUUACAUUUGUUUCCCAUCCUCUUAUUGGGGAAGAAGGUGGAGAAGAGGUCACUGUUACUGUUACAUGAAGUCUUCAAGUGGGAGAGGAAUGUGUCUGACUGUCCACAGACCCUCAACCAGCGGACACCUUCCACAGACACACGAUGCUGAAGACCUUCUCAUGCACUCGCCACCCUCAGAGAUAACUUCUUAUUUAUUAGAUGGAUGAUGGUUUAUUUUUAAUCUCUUAAGUCAGUGUAAAAAGCAUAAAACCCUUUCGGACUUCUAUGUUAGUGAUGUAUGUAUUGCUGGUUGUAAAGUGUCUGUCCUCUUCAGGACAGCUAAGGCUUGGGAAGAGUCCCCCAGGGGUACAGAGAUGGCAGCAGAGAAUGCAUGGCUGAAAGGAACAAAGAUUGGGGUUCAGAGAUUGCCAAUUUAGACAUGAAGCAGGGAAAUGUCCCUGGCCACAUUCCGGUGGAAAAGUCAAUAAGUCCUGGGAUGUGUCACCUCUGUUGGGGGAGAGAGAAAGCAAGUGGCCAGGUGUGUGUCCACAUGGGAUGAACACCACACUUACUAUACUGCCCCAUGACUAAACGGAUUCACUUCCUAGGGAGCCCCCCGAGAGGACACUUAGAAACAACAUGAGCAGAGAGCCACGGGCAUCUGGGGCCAUCCAGGCAUUUAUUUUCCAUGUCGUUGCUAGGUUUAAUUUGUUGCUUUAUUUUUAAAGGGAGAAAUUUUAACUUUCCUAUUUAUUUUCAGGCACUAAGAGAAAUAUUCCAGUGACUUUUAAAUUUUCCAUUCGGGAUGCUGG